AUGCCAGCCAGAGUGAUCGGCACUACGACCAUGCCGGACUUCGCGACCGAGCUAUUGAAUGGUGACUUUGAUCAGGAAGACCUUGAAGAUCACGACUUGAGCGAUGGUUUCAAUAAAGGCGAUAGUGACGGCGACGAAGGCAGUUAUGAGGACCAGGACGACUCAGGAAACAACAGCAAUCACUGGGCAUCAUUCGCUCCUUCAAGGACCUAUGCACACGGAAGAGAAACGGAUCCCGCACCAAGUGAACAGUACCAGACAUUCAGUGCAACUUCCAGCUACGUUAAUUCUGGAAGCAGUGGUGGUGUUGACAAUGACUGGAUCUUUGCUACGGUACCUACGCCUGCAAAAUCCGUCUCGACAGCGUUCACAGCCACACCAGUAGCUACUACCCCUUCUAGUGAAGCCGUAGAACGAGAGGCAAGACGAAGACGGUUCGAGCGGCAUGCUUCGAGGGGAUUGCAGGAUGAAGCCUCAUCUUCUUCUCCGGAGGCACUCUCGGCGCUGAAGCGCAAGAGGAGGAGAAAGGGCAAGGACCUUCAGAGGUAUGUGUUGCUCAAGAAUGCACAGCUGUUGGACUGA